AUGGCUGCAAGUACAGCGUUGAAGAACGUCGGCAGUUGCAUUCAGCACCAAGCUGCCCGAUGCCAGGCGUCUCUUCCGGUCGUCUCGCUGGCUCCAAGGCUCCAGAGCGUGGUCACUAAAGCACGUCGAGGCCCUUUUGUCUGCUGCUUUGGCUUCUAUGUGCUGUUCAUAUGCGUCUCUUCUCUUCUCUCGUUGCUACAAUUCUCGUCGGCCCUACAUGCCAAAACCCUCACCCCAGACGUCAUUUGGGCAGAUUCAAGCCCUGUGGCAGCAUCCCAAGUCCCCGCUACCGAGAUGCAAUGGGCACCACCACCCUCAGGCCUUGUGCUAGAGCCAUCGAAUGCCACAGCCAUUCCCAAGAUCAUCCAUCGAAUGUGGAGGGGUUUGGCCUCAGAUGUACCAGAGGAAUGGAAAAAUGCAACCCACUCCUGUCAAGAACAGAAUCCCACCUACCAGCAGUAUAUAUGGACCGACAACACGGCUCGUCAGUUUAUCGGGGCGCAUUUUGCAUGGUUUUUGCCGACUUAUAACGAACACCUGCUGUCUAUGCAACGGGUGGAUGCUUUCCGUUACUUUGUCCUUUGGUAUUACGGGGGCAUUUAUCUAGACCCAGAUGUUGGCUGCCGACAGCCGAUGGAUCCGUUGUUGCGUGACACAGAAGCCCUGCUGCCGCGAAGCUGGCCGUAUGGGGUCAGCAAUGAUUUGGUUGCUAGCACAGCAAAUCAUCCCUUCAUUAUCAAAGUUGCUUUGAGUAUACAUGAUCACCAGUGGUCUUUCGUGCCGGCAUAUGUCAUGGCCUUUAUCAGCGCAGGCUCGAUGCUUGUCAGCCGGGUCCUUGCCAUGUGGUUGCGUUCCAUUAAGGGGAACCCUGGAAUUUCCAUAGUGCCUCCAACGCUCUUUGAUAGCACGGAGGAUGCCUUCUUCAUGCGGUUUGAAGGAUUGCUUCCUCGCGGCGAUGAAGUUGCUGUCUCUGAGCAGGUCUUUGGGAACUGGCUGGGGUGGUGUGGGGCUGGAAUAGCGCUCAUUGUGAUGGCUACUGUUAUUUUUGGGGUUCAGACAACACCGCCGACUACCCGUCGUGACUCAACCGCAAGCGUUCCAGUGUAA